CGCUGUGUUUACGCCACCUGGGAUCAGAGAGGAAGCGAAGAAGAGCGCAAUGUCAAACCAAAACAGUGCGGCGUUCAGCGCGUUUAAUGACUUUAAUAACUUUAAUGACCUUUAAUUAACUUUAUUAACUCUAUCAGCCGCUUCUUUAUCACUAUGAGAGCCGCUCUGAUGGUCCGGGUGGUUCGAGCGGGCCUGCUCUGCAGGUUGAGCCGGGCUGGAGCGACUCUGCGCUGGAUCAGCUCCUCCAGCGGAGAGCCGGAGAAACCCGCUCCGCCUCAGAGCGCUGCAGCCCGGCCACACGGAGCUCCAGCCCCGCUGUGGUGCUGCAGGCUGGCCUGCAGGGCUCUGCUCCACCUCCACGGAGCAGACACGGCCGCCUUCCUCCAGGGGAUCAUCACCAACGACAUGAAGCUGCUGGAGGAGGACCUGCAGGCUCUGUACGCCCACAUGCUGAACGUCCAGGGCAGAACCCUCUACGACAUCAUCAUCUACAGUCUGAAGGAACCCUCAGGAGACCUGAGUGGGGUUCUCCUGGAGUGUGACAGCUCGGUUCUAGACUCUAUGACUCGUCACCUGAAGGUGUAUAAGAUCCGUCGUAAAGUGACGGUGACCCCGCGGGACGAUCUCUCUCUGUGGGCUCUAUGGCCCCGGAACUCCUCUCAGGACCCCCCGCAGCCCCCGCUGACCACCGAGGAGGGGAGAGAGAAGCCCCUAGUGCUGGUGCAGGACCCCCGGACAGAGCUGAUGGGCUGGAGGAUGAUCACCAAGAGCACGCAGAACCCUGCAGAACUCCUCACCGACUGUGAACACGCAGACACCGAGCAGUACCACCGACACCGCUACACCAUCGGUCUGCCAGAGGGGGUGAGGGAUCUUCCUCCGGGUGAAGCUCUGCCGCUGGAGUCCAACCUGGUCUUCAUGAAUGGAAUCAGCUUCAGUAAAGGCUGCUACAUCGGUCAGGAGCUGACCGCCCGCACACACCACACUGGCGUCGUCCGGAAGCGCCUGAUGCCUCUCAGCCUGUCUGCACCGGCCGAGAGCCUGCAGGCGGGGGGCGCUCUGGAGUCGGCGGGGGGGAAACCUGCGGGGAAACUCAGGGCGGGGCUGGGUCAGCUGGGACUCGGACUCGUCCGCCUCGCUCACGCUAAUGAACCGCUGACCCUCAGAUCCUCCACACAGACCUCAGUGACUGCCCACGCGGCAGAGCCAGAGUGGUGGACGAAGGACAGUAAAAUAAAUAAAUAAACACAUAAAUAAAUAAACAGGUAGGAGCAGAUCAUUCUGAGAGUGACCGAGUAUCAGCAUUGUGAUUAUUAAUAUAUACUACAUACAGACCUCUGAGGUCGUUAUCGUCACUCUGUGGUCAGCGAAAUGUCCGUAUAAGGAACUCUGGGUCCAAGCAGUUUUUCUUCAUGGGAAAAAUUAACAAUGUUUUUAUAAAAUUUACUUCUUCUGUGGUAAAAAAAAACAUUCAGAGGAUUUCUGGACAAAAUCGAACUAAAAAUAAUUUACUGAAAACUAGUGGUAAAUUAUUACAGUAUGAAGGUGACAGAAUGUGCCUCAAAAGAGUUUUGUCAUUUUUUUUUUAUUUUUCCCCCAGUUUUUCUCCCCAAUUUAGUCAUAUCAAAUUCCACCCACUAGUCAGGACUCCAAUCACACGGUACCACCAGCACUAGGAGGGUAAAGACUAGCACAGGCUUCCUCUGAGUCCUGUGAAGCUCCACUGUAUCUUUUUGAACCACCGCUAACGCAUUAACUCUACUCAGGGGAGAACGCUAACCUAACAGCUAACAGGCUGCUGUUCUGCUGUUCUGCGUAUCGAGUGUUUUCAGGUGCUGUCAGUCCUGCAGUGGAGACGUUCCUGAUGCUCCACAUGAGCAGAGAUUAUUAAUCUCGUGUCUGAAGUUCAUCUAAAUGUAGAAACCGUGAAAUAGUUACACGUGGCUGUUUUUUUCUCUGUUUAUCUGCUGAUCAAACCGUUUUUUUCCGAAUGUGCCAAAUCAAGCAGCGCUUUGAUCAUUACCUUUCAGAUCACUUAUUAAGUGUUUGAUUUUGAGCACUUUCUCAUUCUGUUUAAUCUUUAUUGUUUUCAGUCAAAGUUUUCAGUGUUUUUCCUCUUUUGGCUGCAAACCAAAAGUGCCACUUUUGACCAUUUUCGGCCAAAUGUUGAAAUGAAAUUUCGGUGAACUUCUGCGUACAUUUUAUACAGUUAAAGGUAUAAUUACUUUAGCAGAGCUUUUUACUCUGGAUACUCUUAUUUAUAGAGUUUUAUUAGCACUGAAAUGCACUUAAUACACGAGCAGCAACAACAUUGACCCUUAGCGCCGAGCCUGAGAGGUCUGUGAAAUUCUCGAUUUCCUGAUAAUACACUCGGGGGUCGGCUUCCUAAACAGGGAUUAAAGAGGAAUUCCACAGACUUUUCUAACUUUCCCCAUAAUUGAGUGUCUGAGAUGCACUCAGUGCUCUCCUGCAUACAUUUUCUGCUUGAAUAUCACUGGAUUCUCUCAGUGAGGAAGUCAUUAGAGAGCUGCUGAUGAUGGUCUCACCAGGCUAACACUGUUGUGUUUGGUAUAGUGUCAAAUAUAGACACACAUACUAUAGUGGGCAACACCUCUGCCUUCUACACUUUUACGCUGUAGACUGGGGUUCAAUCCCUGCCUGGGUCAGCACCCUACACUAUACCAAUAAGAGUCCUUGGGCAAGACUCCUAACACUACCUUCACCUACCUGUGUAAAUUGAUCAAAUUGUAAGCCCCCCUGGAUCAGCCCGUCUGCCAAAUGCCAUAAAUGUAAAAUGUAAACACUGCUGAGCACUAAAACAACGUCACACUAUUAAACUCCAACACCAGCUACUCAAACUGUGGCCUGAAACUGCCAAACGCCUCUGAACUACCACACUGUACAGAGCUUGUGGGGUAUUUGGUGAGGUAUUUCAGCCCCUUUAACACUUCACACUGCAGAAGAUCCAUUUAUAUUCAGGAAAAAAUGUACACAGAGAAAACAAAUCAGCUCUGGGACCUUUUUAUUCCCCACAGGAGGCCAUUAACCAAUCACCACUGACUUUUCCCUUAGAGAAAACCAGCGUAAACCUGGAGCUCCUUAUAUGGGCAUGAAACACGACUUCAGACUGACCACACGACUUCAGAGGCCACGUCUGAGUGUGAAAGGCUUUACUGGAAUACAUUAAAAACACACUGAUGGAUCAGUACAGUGAGGUGGUUCAGGAUCAGCGUUUUAACCCAAAUAAUUCCCUUUUAUUUGAUUACGUCUACAUGUUGAUUCACCAAAACACCCACAGAGUCUCAUCUUGGGGCUGUGAUCGGUCAGGAUGAUGACAGCACACAGUAAACAUCACUGCGAUUGGUCAGAGGCUAAUUUGCAUAUCACGAUUACGGAGAGCAGCACACAGUCCCGCUUUAACGACCCCGAAGUUCAUUAUAAACCAAGGAGAUCCGCCGUUCAUCAGCGCUGCUCCAGCCUGGCACUACUGAAUAACCAGACGCUCACAAAGGACUGAAUGAGAAGUGUUAGUUUCAAAGUUGUAUAAAGAUUUAUUCUAUUUAUAUAAGCAAGAUGUUUGGAUAUAAGUUAUGUUUAAAUAAAUAAGUGUGAAUAAACAA